AACAUACACGGCUAGAAGCAGUAACGUCAACCCAUCACAGUGCUUGUCGAUUGUCACCGCUGUCAGCUCAAACUGUUAUUUAUGAAUUUGCAUUGUUUUCCAAAGUGUUAUUUAUAGGUAAACCGUGCAUGUGCCCCAACUUUCCCUCGGGGACAUCACGCCCUCUCGUUGCACUGUUUUGCUAUGUCAUCGCAGUCCCAGUAAACCCAGGUUAUGUUCUUGGAUGUCAAUUUGGUAUUUAAUCAAUUUAUCAUAUUCAAACAAAGUUUCCAAUCCCAAAGCGGCAAACAAUCCAUUAUCAGUGCUUAGCUGAGCUCAUCUAAAUCGGUCACAUAACAGCAUGGAUGGAGGCGGUGAUAGAACGGAGCGGUUACACGCUAGCAAUGUAGCAGUGAUCCGGGAAGUCUACGAUGGGUCCAACUCCCAGGAGUUGUUCGAAAUGCAGCUGGAAAAAUACCUGGACAGUUGCUGUGCCAUCAUUGUCAUCGAACCCACACAACUAGGCGACGAGACAGCCAGGUGGAUCACUGCUGGAAAUAUUCUGCAUAAACUGGCUGUAGUUGGAGGGCUUUCCAGUGUAGUAACUGGCUUUGUUUGGCCCCAAACCUUCGUACCUCAAGCCCCUCUUGGAAUAAUUUCAGUAUUAUGCACCGGGCUGUAUACAGCAUUGUGGCAGUUCGAUCACUGCGUUAAAUAUCAAGUGGAAAAAGAUCCAAGAAAACUAGCAAGGCUUCCAAUUCUCAGCGUGAUCACAGCAGCGUCUCCAGUAGUUUUAGUUCGAAAAGACGAUACGCGUAGAAAAGUCCUGCAUUGUACAAUAUCCUUAACUGCAGCCGCUUUGUGCGUGUAUCGACUGUAUGCCUCAGUAAAGUAGCGGAUUUUAGCUAGAAGCAUGUUCAUAGGAUAUAUUUUUGGUCUUUUUUACAAAUUACGUUGCAGCAAAUGAUCUCCCUGCACCAAAAAAACCAAAGGCUCGUAGAAUUGUUAACUGUUAUAGAGUAUUUGUGGCAGCCUUAGUAGGAUUUGAUUGGGUUGUAUGUUGGCAUGCGAAGCCAAUAGGGGCAAAUGUUGCUGUACUCAAUUGUUGCAAAAUGAAUUUUUAAAUAGAGUUUAUAUUACUUAAAAA